CCAAUCAAAGUCCAAUGGUCAACAGGGUCCGGAGGGAGUGUGACUGAUGCUCUCACUCGCACCUGUCACUGAUGAACGCUUAUUGUACUGUGCAGCUUGAGUCGCAACAAUGCGAGGAGCCUCUUUACGCGUAACCUCGGCCCAGCGUGAAGCAUGGCCCGAGCAAAGACACCAAGCAGCGAGCGGUACGGAGAGGGUCGAGUCAGCCUUCGUCACAUCACGGGGGAAACCAUGAAUAACGCGGCGACCGGCUCUCCUCUUGUCAUAAACCCGUUGCAGCGAUCCUAUCAGCCCAGUUCCGCCGAGGAUAUGACGCGACCCGGAUGGCUGGAUGCGGACAGUCGGCAGCGAUGGUGACUAGGAUGCACUCCACCGCGCUCCCCGAGAACCUGAUCAACAUCUCCCGGGAGUUCAUCAACCGGUGCUUGGUACUCUUACUUCUUGGCACGGUGCUACUACCCGGUGCGUCGGCCUACAAUACCACUUUCGUGCAGCAAGACAUACACGGUGACUGUUGGCAGUACGUGAACCACAGGGGUGGUAAGAUCUUCUCGCACGCCGGCCACGGACGAUACGCCGACAACACCGACUGCAAGGUGACCGUAACCACCACUCCGGGCAGACGGAUUCACGCCGUGUUCGAGAGCUUCGACUUGACUGAGUCGGUCAACUGCUACCAGGAUGAGGUGAUCGUGUACGACGGGCGUUACUACUCUAGUCUGAUGCUGAGCGGCGCCCCCUACGGCCUGUGCGGCACGGAUCUGCCUCCCCGUUACCGCGAACUGGACACCACGGGCAACGAGCUGACCGUUCGCUUCAUCACGGACAACGUGCUGUCCAGCAACAAGGGAUUCUCCGUGGUCUACACCACCUUUGUACCCGAGGAGACCAGAACAGAGAAAGACAACUGUUUCGACUGUGAGGGCGGUUCUAUGUGCAUUGACAGCAGCCUGACGUGUGACUCGCUGUGGAACUGUGCCGACGGCAGCGACGAGAGUUUUCAGCUCUGCUCAGUGGAACCAACGGAAAGUCCAACUGCCUCCAACGGCUGGCUGGGUUGGAUGGGCACCUUACUGGCCAUCACCGUGGCAGUGGUCAUUGUCGUCUUCCUCGCCGUCUCCCUCGUCGCGUGCUACUGCUGCAACCGGAAAGGCCGCGGCAUGCCGGUGGGACGAGGCCAGGCAGACGGCGCGGGGCCGGGGGGACACGGCGUCACGCCCUCGGUGCCGUCCAGCAGCAGCAACUCCUCGUCCAGCAACGGCAGCGCCAACUCCAGCCCGCAUUACGACGAGAUGGGCCCGCGGGGCUCGCCCCUGGCUCCAGGCGGUCAUCAGCCGGCGUACCCGGCAGAGCCCGCGGGGAGCCAAGUGUUUUACGGCUACCCACCGCCGAACGGUAGGGACUUGAGCGGGACGUACAAGCUCCAUGGCGGUUACUACCCGAUGAGAAAAGACGGCGGCCCGUGCUACCCUGGAGAAAGGGGGCACGUUGAUCCCAAGUACGCGUACGGCAGCGUAUUAAAUGGUCACAGCAUCGUUGGUAUGCCAGCAGAUUGACAAAGCCAGAGCUCUACGUACACUUGUACAUCUGCCAAGCUAAACCACGAAGACGGAACUGUAUAAUACUGCCACGUUAUUAGGUCCAAGGACGCUCUUGGUAAUGUUUUCCAGAGACACAGGGUUCCUAGCUAUGCCGCAUUGCUACCCUGUCAAAUCCAAGUGUAAAUUAUAUGUAGAAAAAUAUAUAUACAAAUUGAAAGAACUUUCUGAAAGUUCUAUGUAGUUAUGAGGGGAACUGACGGUCAUCAUUAAAAUGAUGGAAUUUAUUAUGCACCGUCAUAAGACCCGGUAAUAUUCUCGACAUACAUUACCGAUGCUUCAGUGGAAAACUUCUUCCAUCUUGAAAAAAUAGAUGUAAGGUCAACCUAACUGCCCCAAAUUGCCGGAAUCUGUAACCAGUCCACAAGCUGUUUCCUCCUUGGUUCUGAUUGAGAGUGAUUAUACAACUUUUCCUGAAGUCCUUUAUACCACCGGCUUUCUGGAAACAAACUUUUCUGGAAACUUUAAAAUCGGGUACGAUUUAGUGUCUUGUCAGGGGCCAACUGUUCUGCUAUGGUUGGUAGAUUUAAUGUACCAACCACAGCUGAACAGACCCGCAUUUCCGGGGCGGACCAAUAAUCCACGUUCCGUUUCAAAAGACCAUGACUUAGCGAAAAGAAAUUUUAAAUGAAGCCAAGCAUGAGAGACAAUCCAAUACAACUACAUACAGACCGAAUAUUGCUGAAGCACGUCCUGAUAUUCAUUUUUGGACGUCAUUACUUUGGCGAUGAGUAAGGAAUCAAAGCCAACGGUUCUAAUUCUACGGAGUUUCAUAUAUUUUGAUGUACGUGUAUAUAUUGUGUGGAUAGAAACACAUUUUAAUACUGGCGAUUCACAAGAGGGCGCCUCAAGAGCUUGCAACGCAUUGGCCAGUCACAAUGCGCGAAA